AUGGCGUCGGAAGUGGAGCGAGCACAGUCUGCUAAACCUGGAGGUGACACUAUCUUUGGUAAAAUUAUUCGGCGUGAGAUACCAGCAGAUUUACUUCACGAAGAUGAUCAGUGUAUUGCCUUCAACGACAUCUCACCACAAGCUCCGGUGCACUUUCUUGUCGUGCCCAAAAAGCCGAUCGUGAAGCUGUCAGAUGCUGAAGAUUCUGAUGAACAGCUUCUGGGACACCUCCUGAUAGUGGCCAGAAAAGUAGCUAAAGCGAAAGGUCUCCAGAACGGCUACCGUGUGACAAUCAACGAUGGACCUGAUGGUGGUCAAGCUGUUUAUCACAUCCAUGUCCAUGUCAUGGGUGGACGCCAGAUGGACUGGCCUCCAGGCUGA